AUGUCUUCCAACUCCGACGGCCCACCUACCAAUCCCUCCCUCACAAAUCAGACCAAAUCGGCCCUACGACAUCACACUCCCUUUCCAAAGCUCGCGGUAUGGACAAUCACGCUUUCGCCCGCGAGCGUCAACUCCUUCUCCGGCGCAAUGGCUGGCAUGGCUAGCGGCAUCGUCACAUGCCCACUCGAUGUCAUCAAGACGAAACUGCAGGCGCAAGGCUCCUUUUCGUUCCCCGAUCUGGCCCAUAAGAAUCCCAAAGCUACCACGAUAUACCAUGGCCUGAUGGGCACCGCGAGGACCAUCAUACACCAGGAUGGACUCAAGGGCAUGUACCGGGGGCUGGGUCCAAUGCUGAUGGGAUACCUGCCGACGUGGGCCGUGUACAUGGCCGUGUACGACAGCAGCCGGGAAUAUUUCUACCAGCAUGGAUACGGUGAGAAGGAUCGCGACAAGUGGUUUGCUCGGGUGUACGCAGCGCUCGCUGCUGGCGCGUGCAGCACUGUCACUACAAAUCCCAUUUGGGUGAUCAAGACCCGCCUGAUGUCUCAAGUCUCCCGGACGGCCUCGGACGGAGCCCGGACCCCUUGGCAAUACAGCAACACGUUCGAUGCUUUUCGUAAGAUGUACCGAGCCGAAGGACUCGCCGCAUUCUAUUCUGGACUCGCACCAGCCCUUCUUGGACUCACCCACGUUGCCAUCCAAUUUCCGCUAUACGAAUACUUCAAGCAGCAGUUCACCGGCCUCGAGAUGGGAGAGACGCCCACAGAGAACGGCAAGGCAGCGACCAAUACCGUUGGCAUUCUCGCGGCAACCUUCCUGUCCAAGAUCUGUGCCACGUCCGCGACAUACCCGCACGAAGUGCUUCGAACACGUCUUCAGACCCAGCAGCGGGUUCACGUGGAGGACACCCACAAUGGUGUAGGGGUAGGCCACCAUAGUCAGAGCAUAUCCAGUUCUAAGCGUAUCGGAAACACUGACGGUGUGCCUUAUCAGCCGCGAUAUCGAGGCGUUCUGCACACAUGUCGAAUCAUCCUGCGAGAAGAAGGGUGGAGAGCAUUCUACAACGGCAUGGGCACCAACAUGAUCCGUGCAAUCCCGGCGGCGAUGACGACGAUGCUGACAUUCGAAAGCAUAAAGGGAGCAAUCGGCAGGCUGCAGGAGGAAGGGAAGGAAUUAUUGAAAGAAAAUGGCUGA